AUGGCUACAAAUACUCAGACGCCUGUUAUUCGUCGUCUCGAAGAAUCGUUAAUCAACCGAAUCGCUGCCGGCGAGAUCAUUCAUAGACCAGCAUCCGCCCUCAAAGAACUGCUUGAGAACGCGUUAGACGCAGGGGCUACCUCUAUCAAAAUCACUGUGAAGGAUGGUGGACUCAAAUUACUUCAGAUACAGGACAAUGGAAGUGGAAUACGCAAAGCGGACCUACCGAUAUUAUGCGAGCGCUUCACAACCUCCAAGCUCACCUCGUUCCAAGAUCUUUCAGCGUUAACCACUUAUGGCUUUCGAGGGGAAGCUCUCGCCUCCAUCUCGCACGUUGCACAUCUGUCGGUCGUGACUAAGACAAAGGCAGAUUCUUGUGCCUGGCGAGCUUGUUACUCAGACGGAGUACUCGCCCCGCCAAAGCCCGGACUGUCGGUGGACCCAAAACCAUGUGCUGGAAAUGAUGGUACACUUUUGACGGUGGAGGACCUCUUCUAUAACACUCCAACGCGACUAGCUGCUUUACGAUCUGGUGCCGACGAAUAUAAGCGAAUCCUGGACGUCGUCACGAACUAUGCGGUCCACAACCCUUCCAUCGCAUUUCAAUGUAAAAAGGCGAGCUGUUCUCUAGCUGGACAAGCACAAACAGAUGUAUCCACUCCGGGUAGUGCGACCGUGUUACAAGCUAUAGCUCUGCUGUACGGGGCUUCUCUUUCAAAGGAGUUGGUUCACGUCAAAUUGGAUGAUCAGAAGGCCAUCGACAAAGACUCGUCCAUCUGGAGCGCCGAGGCGUUUGCCUCCAAUCCCAACCACCAAUCCAAACGAUUCACGUUUCUGCUCUUCAUCAAUCAUCGACUAGUCGAUUCCUCUCGGAUCAAAAGGGCAAUGGAAGCAGUUUACAAUGGCAUUCUCCCCAAGGGAUCUGCCCCAUUUGUAUAUCUGAGCCUCCUGCUUGACCCUAAGGAUGUUGACGCCAACGUUCACCCAACGAAACGAGAGGUUCACUUCCUCCAUGAAGAAGCUAUCACCGAAAUCAUUGCUGACCAAGUACAGCUGGCCGUGACGAAACAAGGAACAACGAGAACAUUUGUCACCCAGACGCUCUUGACUGGUGGUACUCUUGAUGAGGCUGAGCGGAGACCAAGCAAAAGACGAAAGAUUGACGAGGAAGAAGAAGAAUCAACAACCGAAGUGGUGCAUAUACAGCCCAAGAAGGUUUACUCUCACCAUAAAGUUCGGACAUCAGCACAAGACCAGACGCUUGAUCAAUGGAUACCCGUCAAGGAUAAGGAAUCCGCGUCGGCCAAUCGUGAAAAGGAGAAGGCAAUGGAUGAAUUGCAAAUUGAGCAGGCGCCAAAGAUACGAGCAAGGGAAAUAAAGGAGUCAAUAUGCCGACUGAGUUCGGUGCUCGCCCUGCGGGACGAAGUCAAGAAGCAAAAGCACGUUGGCAUGUGCGAGAUUAUUGAGAAGCAUACAUUCGUCGGUGUCGCUGAUUUCGAUCAGUGUCUCUCGUUGAUUCAAGCCGAUACCAAGUUGUACUUGGUGAACCAUGCCUCUCUUGCGGAAGAGCUUUUCUAUCAAUUGGGCCUACGCCAGUUUGGCGACUUUCACCGCAUCAAGCUCGAACCGCCUCCCCCUUUGCGGGAGCUCAUUCAGUUAGCGGUCUCUGCAGAUGAAGCAUUUCACGAGUCUGGCCUUGACGUGGACACCGGAACCAAUGCCAUCACAGACAUCUUGAUGGCUCGCCGUGACAUGCUGGAUGAGUACUUUUCCCUCAAUAUUGAUGCCGAGGGACGGCUACAAGAGAUUCCCCUCCUGCUUCGAGACUAUAAACCAGAUCUCGACAAGCUGCCUCUGUUAUUGAUGCGAUUAGGGCCGCAGGUUGAUUGGGGCUCAGAAAGAGGAUGCUUUGAGACAUUAUUACGAGAGCUCGCCUACUUUUAUGCACCAGACGUCCCUGAACACAUCUCGCAAGCUCUAGCACAGCUCAAGCUCGCCGAAGAAAAUGCCGACGUACAAGCAGUGUCUGAGGAAGUGGGUGCCCAAGGCCUGACCGUGCGAUCUGAAGGGGAAAAGGCAAUACGAUGGCAGAUUCAACAUGUGCUCUUUCCCACAAUACGGCGCUACCUUGUUCCCUCCAAGGCACUCUUAACUAAGGAUUUUGUCCAAGUCGCCAACCUGCCAGAUCUUUACAAGGUGUUUGAGCGAUGCUAG